GUACCUGUCGAUCACACAUGGGCAGAUUGAUUGACAACUAGUCGUCAGAUUCAAUUAGAUUUCACAUUUCCGAAAUAAACAUUCUUUGACAAGACGAAAAAUUGACCUCGGAUAAAAAUUUCAAACAGAUUCUGUAGUAAAUAAUUCAAGAAAUUUACCCUGGAGCAUACUUCAACAAUUUGCAGAGGAAUGCCAGCAGCACACAAAGAGAUCUGUCCAGGAUGUCAGCAUCCAAUCGAAGAUAGAUUUUUGAUGAAACUUAUGGACUGUUAUUGGCAUGAACAAUGUGUACGCUGUUGUAUGUGUCAGAUGGCUCUUACCAAUUCAUGCUUUUCAAGAAACCGGAAGCUCUACUGUAAAGUUGAUUACCAAAAAUUAUUUCGUGGAGCGUGCAAUGGGUGUGGAUUGCACAUUUCUCCAAAUGAACUAGUAAUGAGAGCUCAAGGAUACGUUUAUCAUCUACAGUGCUUCGUUUGUAUAGAAUGUGGUCAGCCAUUACAAAGGGGAGAUUACUUUGUCAUUCGGGAUGGCCAGCUCUUCUGUCGCCUGGACUUUGAAAAAGAAUUCCAUAUGUAUUCCAUGAGUCCGAAAAGUUACAUUUUAGGUGACGAUAGCGAUGAUUAUGAUGACGGGGAAAGCGAUGGAGGUAAACACCCAAAAAGACCACGGACAAUUCUUACAACGAGUCAAAGAAGAAAGUUUAAAUCAGCUUUUGAAAUGAACCCAAAACCUUGUCGAAAAGUGAGGGAACAGCUAGCGGCAGAGACCGGUUUAAGUGUGCGUGUCGUUCAAGUGUGGUUUCAAAAUCAACGUGCUAAGGUGAAAAAGAUCGCGAGAAGACAAAGCCAAGAUGGCAGUAGUGGUAAAGGCAAUAAGAACAAAAAUGGCGAUUCGAAGAAAGAAAAAUCUGAAGGUUAUAAAAGCGAUGAUAGUGAUCCAGAUAGUAAUGGUCGACUGUGUGACGUUGAUUCCAUAGUAUCAAUGAGUUCAGACAAACAUCACCAUGGUAACGCAGAACAAAUAUCACCAUUGCCUGCCAGCGAAUAUCAGGAAUCAAGAUUUGAUGAAAUGGACGAUUCGAGGAGUGUACGGCAAGCCAUGGAAGACAAUAUCAAUUGCAUCGAUCAAAUGUUCAUGACCGAUUCACACGGACAUUCGGCUAUGGAUACCGGCAAUGUCUUAAAUCCUAUUGACAAACUAUAUUCAAUGCAAAACUCGUAUUUUAGUGUUGAAUGAUAUGGAACUGUGAUAAGAUAUAUAUUUGUAUGUUUGGUAAAAGAAGAUACAUGUAGUUGACUUCCGAGUUUACUAUUUUAAAGACAAAUGAUUCUGUGUUUUUAUAGAACUGGGGGUAUUUAUUCAGUUAAAAGCAAUAUAAUGAUCUUGAUAUUAAUGUGCAAUUAUGUGAUAUAUUCUGUCUCAAAAGGAUUGUAGGUACUUUCAAUGUUUUUACCCCAAAAUGGAAAUUACGACAUGUCGUUGGUUGAAUUCCAAUUGUUUAAGACGCUGUUAGCCAAUCACAACGUUUUUGGUGUACGCUUAAAUUGACGCUUUUAUAAAUAUUAUACAUUUUGUGUAUGCACUAGCCUAUUAAGAUGUGUGCAACUAUACCGAUAAACGAUAUAUACUAAAAAAGUCGAAAUAAUAUCGUAUCGAAAGACAAAUAUUUCGGAACUGCAAGUGGUUUUCGCCAGUGCCCAUCAGAUAUUAAUAUUUAUAUGAACAAUUGUGGUCCUAGUUUUUUGUAUCAAAAUAAAAUUGUCCAGCAAAAAAAUAAAUGUUCAAUCUAAUAGUCAAAAAUGUUUCCAACAAUGUAUUUUUCAUUAGAUUUUUAGUUUUGAAUAGGCGGUUUCAGAGCUUAUUGCAUUCUAGCUGGUUAUUAUAUCCAAAGGCAUACACCAACACGUUGCGAUAUGCUUUAAAAAAAAAAAAGGUACUGAACAAUCGAAAAACAACCAAAAACGUAACGUUAUUUUCAUUUUGGUGUAAGAACAAUGAGAUUGUCCUUAGUCCUUCAGAUUUAAGUAGGUGAGAAUUUGAUUAAGGUAUCAAAUCACUAGUAUGUUUGUUUAAUAGGCACAUAAUAAGCUUCUUUGUAACUCUGAUCAAUUCUGCUUGCGGAUGUUCGCUCCUCUUGACUUGUUUUUGAAUUUUGCCAGAUAUUCGGAAUCCUCUAAUCAUAAAAAAAUAGAGGUGCAACUUCCAAUGGUUUUCUUUUCCAAUGUUCAAUGCAGUAAUAAUUUUUUCAAAGUUUUCUUCGGAUGUUUUUAUAGCUUGGUAGUCCGCGAAGGUUUCUCAUGAAAUAAGCCAGACCAGUAAAUUGAUAUAAAGAAAUGAAUUUAUUAUUAUGUACCAUGUGCUAAAAUAUUGAAGUGUAGACUCCAUAGGUAUUUUGCCCAUUCUUGACAUUUGAAUGUACCCGUUUACAUUAUAAUUGAAGCAUAAAAACAAUACCGUUUCUUUAAUUGCUGUUUAAAAAAAACACUUUUAUUUGGUGUAUUAGAAGCUAAGCUUUAAAACAAUGCUAGCAUACAAAUUCAUAUUUCAUAAUCUCAGAUCAUUUUAACUAAUCAUAAAUAUGUACGUAAAAUGCUAUCAAACAUCUGGCUAUCAGCGACCAUGAUAAAGGUAGAUUCAAAUGUCAGUUUCGGACGUAGCGAAAAUUGUUUGUCUUUUUUAAAAAUGAAUUAAGAAAAAAUAAUAAAUUAGGCCAUAAUAAAUAAUAGGUUUGUUUGCCCAAACGCUACCUACCCAGAAAAAAGCUGCCUGCUCAAAUUCUUUUAUUGUCCUGAUUUAAAGAAAGUUUUUUUUGAUCAAAUAUGCAUGAAGACUAAUAAACACCUGAUACUUCAAUUUCUUUUUUUGAAGAAAAAAAAGAAAAUGCCUUUCUACCUACUCACUGUCUCAACGUCUCGACCUUGGGUAGGGUUUGGGCAAACCAAAAUAUUUUUAAGUGUGGCCUUACUGCUUUUUCUUUUUACGAAUUUGAACAUCACCCUCUGCCCUUCCUUAUUAAUAGAUGUUGCCGCCUCAGUUACUGCCACUGUGCCCGUCAAUGUGUCCGUUUCUAUAUACUACAUUGAAAUUUAUUUAAGAAAGAACAAAUCAAUUUCCAUGUACAUUAUCUCAUUCCUGGAAGUUUGUUUUCUACGCAUUUUCAUUUUGUUUAAUAUUGUACAUUCGACUAAUAAUUAUGUUAUCAAACACAUUAUGGAAGUUAAAAAUGCAUUUCGCGGUUUUACUUUUUUCAUAUAUAUAAAAAUUCCAAACAAAAAACCGUGAGCCCUCCCCUCUUUUGAAGUAAAAUGAUUGCUGCCUAAACAAUUUUAAAAUAUUUCAUACUUUGAGGGAACUGGCAUCUGGAAGGGUAUAAAUUAGACAAAAUUUACAAGAUAUAUUUAGACCCGUCAACAAUGAGCUAACAGAUCAAUAAUGUUAUAUCCUAUAUUUGCUUUUCAUAAGUUCUGAUUUUUGUUUAGUAUUUGACAUUGAAUUAAACCAAUGACUUAAUUUUGUAUGGUUUGUUUUAAUGUGUUGGAAAAUAAAAAUUAUAUUGUGCUUUAUUUAUUUUAUAUUGUUAUACAAAUGUUGUCACGAAAAUUUGAAUAAAGAAUUGAUAUUUUA